CACGCGUUGCCGCCCCAUCAGAUGAUGAUCAGCCACCCUUCGCCAAAGUUUGAAGAUGAAUUGUUUGGCUGGAAUAAUUUAUUACGUCAUUUCAUCAUUCCUACACACAGCUGCUCUAAGCAAGUGCAUCUUCCAGUUCCAGAGUGAGCAAAGCGAGAGGGGAAACUUCUCGUCUCCCAUGUUCCCCAACAACUACUCCGAAUCCCUCGAGUGCAUUUACAACUUCCAAGGAAAAGACCACGAAACACUGAGGCUCACUUUCCACCACUUUGAUCUGGAGGCACCAUUCAAAAAAGGGUGCCUCACGGACUAUGUGGAUGUGUCCACGAUAACCAUCGUAGGUAGCAAAUUCCUGGUGGGACGUUUCUGCGGCAAUGACAUCCCGAAUUCCAUGCUCUUCAUGAAUCCUCGGGCGGAGAUCAUCUUCAAGACAAACCACGUGAUCCACAGCAAGGGAUUCCACGGAUCCUACCAUUUUCAGGACGAGAAAAUGAUACCCCCACCAAAAUCGACCAUGAACGUUAGCAAUUGUGGCGGUAUAGUGACAGGAGUGGGUGGAAUAAUUGUCUCUCCUGGCUAUCCUUAUUAUUUUCCAAAGAAUAUCGAGUGUAUCUGGCUUCUGAGAGUGGACUAUCAUAUGAGGAUCUAUGUUCGAAUCAUCAAGAUGCAGCUCUACGGAAGUAUAGCGAACUGUCCAGAGGCUGAAUUGGCCAUCUAUGAUGGCUACUCCAGCAUAUCGUUCAAUCCGAAUCUUAUGCAGAAGUACUGUGGAGAUCUUCGAUACUACAAGAAUAUCGAGGAACAGACUGCGCUCUCUGCAAGGAACAGGCUCUUGCUCAGAUUCAAAACAUCGGCGGCUCAAAUCAUGAAAGGAGAAGAUUUAGACAAGAAUGCUGUUGGUUUUAAAAUUAUCUGGACUGCAGUAGAAUUUCAAGAUGAGGGAAAAUGCAAAGAGUUUGUGUGUAAAGACAGUCGUUAUUGUAUGAGCUCUUUAGACAACGCAUGCUCAGAAGUACGAAAUUAUUGCAUCGACAAAUCACUUGUGUGCGACGGAUAUCCUAACUGCAGCAAUGAAGACUAUUCUGAUGAAGAUAGAUGUAAUAUUCCACUGUUGGCGGGUUGUGGAGCAGCAGGUGGAAUACUCCUGUUAAGUUUUUUAAUUGGAUUUUGUCUGUACAGAAGACAGAGCAACCUUCAUGAACACCUGUCUCAUUCCCAUUCACUGAACAUGCAGCUGAGGCAGUUGGAACACAGCCCUUCCUAUUCCGGCAGGACACCCUUCUAUCCAGACAUACCUCCUUCAAGCAUCAGGGUCGAUAAGCGUUCUUUGCGCUAAAAGAAUGUCACACAAGUCACAACUCUAGAAAAGAAGAUAUGCUCUUCAACUACUAGGAUGAGCUGAACAAUACGUAUGUUCUAACGAUCGAUAUCAAAAUUUUUUUCAUCCCCUGUUUCUUUGCCAUCGGGUCAAGUUUGAAUGGGGCGCAAAAUGUGGUUUUUAUGGGCUGUUUAUAUGGAUGCUCAUAGAUAAAUGAAGGGUCCUGAUUUACUUUUUAAUCCUCUACUGCCUGUUGUAAAUUUUUAAAACUAGAAAUGCAAAUUAUAUAGAUUUACAACUUUUACGCAGCUAUCACUGAAAAUUUUAGAAAUAUUUCAUAAAGAAACAUUACUACAUAAAGGAUCAAUUUUAUAAGAAUUUUUUCAAUAUAAUUCGAAUUCGUAUACAUUUGACAAUAUUUUCCUAAAACGGAAAAAACACAGAGUAAAACUUAAAUCUUUAAUCAUAUUACUGAAGUCAAAUUCUUAAAUGUAAUUGAUGAUUUGAAGGCUUAUUUAAAUUAUAAAUGGUGGCAAAAAGUAAGUUGAAAAAAUUUCUGUAACAAUUCGUUUGCGGGCAAACUAGCCAUGGAGGUUUAAACUACACACGUUUGAGACUAAUGGCAUGAUGGUGCCAAUGUGGUUAGCAAUUGGAGCCGGCCGUUUUUAUUUCCAAAACAAGCUUGUGGUUAUCGAGUUGAGUGAACUUCGAGCCACCACUGGGAAUAGAACAUUUAUCCUUCAUAAUGUUAACAUUGCGCACCAUAAAUGGUGGUAGACAUCUUUGAAGUAAUGUGUCACGUCCCACAGAGUACUCAGCUUUUUCAAUGCAACAACAAAAAUUGCAUGAACCUUUCAAAACCGUACAUAAGAUAGGUAUUUUAUUUUAUAAAGAUACUUUUACUAAAUCAAAAAUUUAUUUUCAACAAAAUUUUAGAUAAAGAAAAGCUCUUGUUUUAAUUUCGCCAUCUAACAAUCAAAGUCAGUUUGCUAUGUUUUCUGUUUUAUAAAAUACAUCACCAUACCGAUCAAUUUUGUAAAAUGAACGUUGAAUCGUGAAUAUUUUUUUAAUUAAUUUACUAAAUUUUUAAUCUAAGUGGAGAUUAUUUAAGCAGAGCAGUGGAGGGUUUACUUGUAGCAUUUACAAAACUUUUCGUAGACAUUUUUACCUGAUCUUAAAUAGAAUUUAUAUUUUUAAAGAUCGAUACGUAGAAAAUAUUUUCUUUACCUCUUUUAUCAAUCUUACUAAAAGUGCAUUUUUUUUCUUAACUUUGAAGUUCCUUGAUGAUAUUUUAUAUAAAAAAGAGAAACUGCCUUGUAAUAGAUUGUAUGUGACUUUUAUAAAAUAAAUGUGUAUAGAAAUUAAUUAAUUUAUCAGCAAUUAAUCUAUUUAAAUAAUUUGUCAAAUA